AUGGGACUGGAGGAUGAGCGCAAGAUGUUCACGGGGUCCGGAGACCCACAGGAGCAAGAAGAAGAGGAGGAAUUGGUGGAGCCCCUAACAAAAGUGAAAAAACAGUGUGAGCAACUGGAGAAAUGUGUAAAGGCUCAGGAGCUAUUAGAGACGUGUGAUCAGCGUGUAUCAUCCAAGACACAAACAGAGGAGGAUUGCCCUGAGGAGCUCUUUGACUUCUUGCAUGUACGGGACCACUGUGUGGUCCACAAACUCUUCAACAGCCUGAAAUAAAU